UUACCGUGCGUAGCAACGAACGUUGACAACAGCUUUCUACAGUGGUUUGUUACCUGAAAGCGACCAUUUAGCGUGGAUUUAGCAAUGAAAUCUCAUCCACUGGUUGAUUAUCUUCUAUUUUUCUAAACUUGUCCGUAACUCCACUGCUUUACCGGUUCGUAGGCCUCGACAUGAACCUCGGAGACGGGCUGCUGUUUGAGCUGGAAAAUGGGAAACCCAGGCUGAUCUUGCUGUCUCAUGGCGCUAGGAUGAAUCCAGUUAAGCUGCCCAGUAAGCGGCGAACAGCUACUGUCCUCGGCGCCAGGCAGCUGUCCUGCAUGGAGGAGGCGCCGCUGCAGCAGCAGCAAGCGCCACGGAGCCACCGGGAGGCCAGGUUAAAAGCAGGAACAGCAGCUCCAUCCAGCAGCUCCACUGAUGGGAGGAACGGCAUCCUGCCCUCAUCCAAGGCUUUGGGGAAUGACAAGGAGCGCUGCAAUAAGGCCAAGGUGAAGUCAAACAAACACAAACUCAGCAAGGCGGUGGGACCCCUGGGUUCCUCCAGCAGAACAGGACCUCCUCCCAGCACUGAGGACAGAGGAGCAGGAUUGGAGCGCCUUCUGACCGCCAUGGAUUCAGGCCUGAGCGACGGCCCGGGGCGUCUAACCGACGAACAGCUGCAGCAGAUCCUCUGCGCCAUCCAGAGAUCCAGCUACGCCCGGGGGGGUCCAGAGGAGCAGGAGGCACCAGGUGCUGUUAGCCACAGUAACCUGAAGUCCGCUCAAUGCAAACCUCAACAUGUUACAAACCGUGAAACGGACACAAACUGCUCGUCUGCUGCGAUGGAAGGAGAACUGAAGGAGAAAGAGGAAGAUGUGAAGAAAGAGGAGGACAGAUGUGGCAGGUCACCUGAGUUUGAAAGGCUUCACUCAGACAACAGAACCACCGUUAACGCAAAGAAGAAAGCUCCAUGGAAACCAGAAACUGAUGAGCAGGUUUCCCUGAAGCAGCAGCAGCAGCGUUCAGCCCUCAGCAGACUGCAGGUAUUUCACUCUCAUCUCAACACCAUCGCUGCUUCCUCCUGAACACUCGCUGCUCGUUGGGUACAAGUGGGAUCCAGCAGGAAGUUAGGCAGCAGUCAGGCUGGGCAAUAUGUCAAGGUUUAAAAUUUCUGAGAUAUUUAAUUCUAUUUAAUUUAUUUCUAUAGCUCCAAUUCACAUCAUGUCAUCUC